AUGCUUGUAAACAACACCAGGUCGCAAAACCGUGGCCGGAACAACGGAGACGUGACCACGCGUGACUGGCGCCGGCCCAUUUCAAGUCUUGGUAUGAGGCUGGAAGACAGAGGUAAGGCUGCUGCAAGUUGGGAGAUCCACGCCGGCUCCGCCUCUGCAAGCAUCGCCUGUAUCUUUCAACACACCAGAAGCAUUUACGACAUAUACUCCCACAGCGCAUCGGACAUCCUUAAAGACGUUUACUAUGACGCUAUUGAAGGUCCGUUCCGUAGUUCUGGGAACACUCGGUCACGAGAGGUACACAUUAGGAAGCGUCGCACUAUUGCUAGCAGCUUUUCACCCAAGGGCGUCGCCGAGUACGAGGCACCUGUCACGAAGGCUGUCCAGUGUUUGCUCGACAGAUUUGAUAAACUAUACGCACAACAUGGUGUGCGCGGUUUCAAUGCUACGCCAUGGAUCCAUAUGUUCACCUGGGACGCCAUUGGUGACGUUGUAUUUGGAGAAUCCUUCCACUUUCUUGAGAAAGGGAACGAUACAUGCGUUGCUGAAACGCUAGAAGGUGAACAGCACGAAGUACAUGCAAUUACGUCCUUCCUAGGUGGUGUGCAAUACGCAAAUAAUCUGGGAUAUCUCGGAACCGACCUUGCGAAAUGGCUGAAGAAGAAUGUCCUGUAUUGCUCCUACGGUGCGAAGAUGGGCGCCAACUUCUCUAAUAUCAGCAUUCACAAAAUCCGCCGACGAUAG